AUGUCCGUCGUUGGUAUUGAUUUCGGAAACUUGCAGUCGAUCAUCGCUGUCGCCAGAAACCGUGGAAUCGACGUUGUCUGCAAUGAGGUUUCCAACCGCUUCACUCCCUCAUUGGUCUCGUUCGGCCCCAAGCAGCGUUACCUCGGAGAGACCGCCAAGACUCAGGAGAUCUCCAACUUCAAGAACACCGUCUCGUCGUUGAAGCGCAUUGUUGGACGUACCUUUGCCGACAAGGAGAUUCAGGAGAUCGAGAAGCAGUACUUGACCGUCCCCCUCCUCGACGUCAACGGCCAGCUCGCCGUCAAGCUCAACUACAAGGGCGAGGAGACCACCUUCACCACCAUCCAGAUCUUUGCCAUGUACCUCACCAAGAUUAAGGAGAUCGCCACCAAUGAGACAAAGAUGCCCGUCUCAGACUGCGUCAUCGCCAUCCCCGCCUGGUUCACCGAUGUCCAGCGCCGCGCUGUCUUGGAUGCCUCCGAGAUCGCUGGAUUGAACGUCCUCCGCCUCAUCAACGACUCGACCGCCGUUGCCCUCGGUUACGGUAUCACCAAGACCGACUUGCCCGAGGACAAGCCCCGCAACGUCUGCUUUGUCGAUGUCGGUCACUCGUCAUACACCGUCUCGAUCGUCUCCUUCAUCAAGGGCCAGCUCACCGUCAAGUCGCGCGCCUUUGACAGACAUUUCGGUGGUCGUGACUUUGAUCGCAUGUUGGUCGACCAUUUCGCUGCCCAGUUCAAGACCAAGUAUGGUAUUGACGUCAAGUCGAACGGCAAGGCUAUGAUUCGUCUUAUGGCCGGAUGCGAGAAGCUCAAGAAGGUCCUCUCGGCCAACGCCGAGGCCCCCCUCAACAUCGAGUCCAUCAUGGAGGACCGCGAUGUCUCGUCGAUGAUGAAGCGUGCCGAGUUUGAGGAGCUCGCCCAGGAGUUGAUCUCCCGCGUCGAGGCCCCUCUCCAGAAGGCUUUGGAUGAUGCCGGUUUGACCGUCGAUGAGAUUGAUGCCGUCGAGGUUGUCGGAGGCUCCACCCGUAUCCCCGCCCUCAAGGACCGCAUUCAGGCUUUCUUCGGAAAGGAUCUCUCCUCGACUUUGAACCAGGACGAGGCCACUGCCCGUGGAGCUGCCCUCCAGUGCGCCAUCUUGUCGCCCGCCUUCAAGGUCCGUGACUUCACCGUCCAGGAUAUCACCAACUACCCCAUCAAGAUGACCUGGCAGCCUACCCCCGAGGAGGAGGAAACCGAGCUCGUUGUCUUCAACAAGAACAAUGCCAUCCCCUCGACCAAGAUCUUGACCUUCUACCGCUCCGAGCCCUUUGACCUCGAGGCCCAGUACGCCGAGCCCGAGUCGAUCCCUACCGGCAUCAACCCUUGGGUCGGUCGCUUCUCGAUCAAGAAGGUCGAGCCCGUCAACGGCGAGGCUGCCUGCGUCAAGGUCAAGGCCAGAAUUAACAUUCACGGUGUUUUGACUGUCGAGUCCGCCUAUGUUGUUGAGGAGGUUGUCAAGGAGGAGCUUGUCGAUGAGAAGGAGGGCGCCGCUGAGGAUCCCGAAGCUCCCUUGACCCGCAAGGUCAAGAAGCUCGUCAAGAAGGGCGAUCUCCCCGUCGUCAGCGCCACCUCUUCCUUGGACCGUUCGCUCAUCAACGAGUUGCGCGAGAAGGAGAUGGAGAUGAUUGCCUCUGACAAGUUGGUCGUCGAUACCGAGAUGGCUAAGAACGCCUUGGAGGAGUACAUUUACGACACCCGCUCCAAGGUCAAUGGAGGCAUCUACAAGGACUACAUUAACCCCGCCGACAAGGAGAAGUUCAUCAACGACCUGAACGAUGCCGAGAACUGGUUGUAUGACGAGGGUGACGAGACCACCAAGUCUGUCUACGCCGCCAAGUUGGCCGAGCUCCAGGUCGUCGGAGGCCCCGUCAUCCAGCGUUACCGCGAGUCUGACGCCCGCCCCACUGCUGCCCGUGAGCUCCGCGAGACGAUCAACCAGUUGAUGUCCCAGGCCACCAGCUCCGAGGAGAAGUACGCCCACAUCCCCGAGGCCGAGAAGAACUCGAUCGUCGAGAAGUGCUCCAAGGCCCAGACAUGGAUCGAGAACAAGGAGGAGCGCCAGUCGAUGAUGAAGAAGUACGAGGUCCCCGCCAUUACUUCGGCCGAAAUCCGCAAGCAGCGCGACGACCUUAUUUACUUCUCCACCCCUAUCUUGAACAAGCCCAAGCCCAAGCCUGUUGUCGUUGAGGCUCCCGAGCAGCCUGCCACCCCCGAGCCCAAGGCCUCGCCCGAGACCAAGCACGACGACUCCAAGGACAUGGACAUUGAUUAA